GCGCUUACUUAGUUCUCUUCUUUUGGAAUUAAACUACUGAAAAAUGCAAAUAUUUGUCAAGACACUUACAGGCAAGACUAUCACUCUUGAAGUGGAGCCUUCAGAUACAAUAGACAAUGUUAAGACUAAGAUUCAAGAUAAGGAGGGAAUUCCUCCUGACCAGCAACGUUUAAUCUUUGCUGGGAAGCAACUGGAAGAUGGCCGCACGUUGUCUGACUAUAACAUACAAAAGGAAUCUACUUUGCACUUAGUUCUUCGUUUACGUGGUGGAAUGCAAAUUUUUGUUAAAACACUUACCGGCAAGACCAUUACUCUUGAGGUAGAACCUUCAGAUACAAUAGAUAAUGUUAAGACUAAGAUUCAAGAUAAGGAGGGGAUCCCUCCUGACCAGCAACGUUUAAUCUUUGCUGGGAAGCAACUGGAAGAUGGCCGCACGUUGUCUGACUAUAACAUACAAAAGGAAUCUACUUUGCACUUAGUUCUUCGUUUACGUGGUGGAAUGCAAAUUUUUGUUAAAACACUUACCGGCAAGACCAUUACUCUUGAGGUAGAACCUUCAGAUACAAUAGACAAUGUUAAGACUAAGAUUCAAGAUAAGGAGGGAAUUCCUCCUGACCAGCAACGUUUAAUCUUUGCUGGGAAGCAACUGGAAGAUGGCCGCACGUUGUCUGACUAUAACAUACAAAAGGAAUCUACUUUGCACUUAGUUCUUCGUUUACGUGGUGGAAUGCAAAUUUUUGUUAAAACACUUACCGGCAAGACCAUUACUCUUGAGGUAGAACCUUCAGAUACAAUAGACAAUGUUAAGACUAAGAUUCAAGAUAAAGAGGGAAUUCCUCCUGACCAGCAGCGAUUGAUUUUUGCAGGCAAACAACUGGAAGAUGGCCGCACGUUAUCUGACUAUAAUAUUCAGAAAGAAUCUACGCUCCAUUUGGUUCUUCGUUUACGUGGAGGAUCGUAUAUUGGCAAGAAUAUUAUUUUUGAAGUAGAACCUUCAGAUACCGUUGAAAAUCUUGAGACCAAAAGUCAAGACAAGCAGGGAAUUACUCCGGACCUGCAACGUUUAAUCUUUGCUGGAAGGCAUUUGAAAAAUGACUGCGAAGUGCCGGAUCACCAUCCUCAAAAGAAGUCUACUGGGCAUUUAGAUUUUCGAUUAGGGGGUAAUAUUCAUAUUGAGGCUAAUACCGGUAAUUUUCUAAUUCCGAAAGUGCAGUCGGCGGGUACUUUUGAGAGCUUAAGGGCUUAUUUCCUUACGGUCGGCAAGCAACUAGUAGCUGGUUUGCGCUUAUAUAAUCUUAGUCGUUGUAUAGACGCCCACUUAGCUUAGUUGAGGAAGGUGCUUGUAUUACCUCGAUUUGUUAUGACGAUUAUAAAAUAAUA